AUGGAAUCUAUACCUCUUCUGAGUCCUUAUGAAACAGAAAGAUUCAGGUUUUCACACAGAACUGUGUUGGCGCCCUUAACAAGAGCCAGAUCAUAUGGCAAUCUUCCACAAUCGCAUGCCAUACUGUACUACUCACAGAGGGCUACAGAGGGUGGUCUUCUGAUUGCUGAAGCCACAGGGGUGUCAUCUGAUGCUCAAGGGAUAAGUUUAAUUCCACACACCCCAGGGAUUUGGACCAAGGAACAAGUAGAGGCCUGGAAGCCUGUUGUGGAUGCAGUGCAUGCAAAAGGUGGAAUAUUCUUCUGCCAGAUUUGGCAUGUAGGAAGAGCAUCUGAUAUGGAGAAAGAACCCAUCUCCAGCACAGAUAAGCCAGUGGAAAAGAAUGAAGAUGACCACAUGGAUUUCCCCAUCCCAAGACCCUUAACCGUAGAAGAGAUCCCCAAUGUAAUCAAUCAUUUCAGAAUUGCUGCAAGAAAUUCUGUGGAUGCUGGUUUUGAUGGGGUUGAAAUCCAUGGUGCUCAUGGCUUCCUUCUCGAGCAAUUCAUGAAAGACAGUGUCAAUGACCGCACUGACAAGUAUGGAGGCAGCAUACAGAAUCGCUGUCGCUUUGCCCUUGAGGUAGUUGGUGCUGUGGUGGCUGAGAUUGGGUCAGACCGUGUGGGGAUCCGCCUCUCUCCUUAUGCCAAUUACCUUGGCUGCCAUGACUCGGACCCAGAAAGGUUGGGUGUCUACAUGGCUCAGGAGCUGAACAGAUACAACAUCAUGUACUGCAGUGCGGUGGAACCUGAGAUGGUCAUGGUGGAUGGCAAGAUGAAAAUCCCACACAGGCUGCACGAAAUGAGGAAGGCCUUCAACGGAACUUUCAUGGUUGGUGGAGGUUACGACAGGGAAGAGGGGAACAGAGUUGUGGCUGAUGGAUAUGCUGACAUGGUUGUAUACGGCCGCUUAUUCUUGGCGAAUCCUGACCUGCCGAGGCGAUUCCAUCUGAAUGCUCCUCUGAACAAGUACGAUCGAUCAACAUUCUACACCGAUGAUCCUGUUGUUGGCUACACGGAUUACCCAUUUCUUGAGAACUGUGAACCACUGAACUCCCAAGACGGGGAGGGAUCUACCAAAACAAUGAAAAACUAA